AUGGCCGGCGGAUCCGAGGUCGCCGGCGGCCGGCGAGCGCGAGGCGAGGCCGGAGAGGUCGCCGGGGCGGCGCGGCACGGUGGCGGCGGCUGGUGGUGGCGGAGCGGCGUGGUGGCGGCGGCGGCGGCUCGCGCCGGCGGCUGCGGCUCGGAGGAGAGGGAGGUGGCGGCGCAGCGUGGGAGGAGGCGGCUCGGGCCGCGGGGGCCGUCCCUGGACCUGGCGGGCCGUGGCGGUGGAGGCGGUGGCUGUGCCACGUGGCAGCGCGGUUCCACCCGGCGAAACGAAACGCACCAGCGAACUGAACCGAGCUGCAUGAAAAAAGGAAAACAAACCCACGCCCACCCACCCACCCACGAUCCAACCACCCCUGCUCCCUGCACAAACACCACACCAAACACCCGCGCCGCCAGGCCCGGCCAGCACAACCCACCGCCCAGCCCUGGCCUCCACCGCGCACCGCCCAGCCCUGGCCUCCAUCGCGCACCGCCCCGGCCACCACAGCGCGCCGCCCCGCCACAACCACCAUCCACGUCGCCCCGCGCCGCCCUCUCCACCAGGCCCCCACCGCGCGUAGCCCCUACCACGACCACCAACCAUGCCGCCUCUGCGCCGCCCUCUCCACCCGGCCAGCACCGCGCGCCGUGCCGCCCCAGCCACCACUCUGCGCCGUCCCACCUCCAUCGCCUGUUCCGUCCCGGGUCCGGCGUGGAUCCACCGUCCGCGUCAGCUGCUGCUCUGGAUCUGGGGAGUCCCUUCGCCGCCCGAUACAGGUGGAGAGCUGCGUCGCCGGAUGCCCGUGCCUCGUACUCCGGCGACCCGCUGCUUCCCAGGGCUCCGACGCGCCAACCACCCCAGCCCCUCCCCACCCCCACCCCCGAGCUUCCACUGGGUGGUGGUUUGUUGCAUCUCCACGCCGGUGACAGAGAGGAAAUCCACCUUGAUGCCGGCGAGGUUCAUUUCGGGGAGAAGACAACGACCACCCCUGUCCUCCACUCGACCAGGUGCCAAAAUCGACGACCACAAUGUGUAGAUCGGCGAACCACUCGCGUGCAGGGCGACAUGCGGCUCUAUCGACGGCGACAUGCAAUUCCUACCACGGGCCCAUGCAGUAUGGCGACGCCCUCCGUGUUCCCCAUCUCCACUUGCAGUCUAGUCACCGGAUGCGUGAAGAACAUCUCUUCACUCCGUGCAGUCCUCUCCGCCGACGAGCGUCGUCGUGCCUUUUUUGCACAUUGUUUCGCCUCUACCUACAAUGCUCUAUUUGUUUUCGUGUAAAAAAAAGUCACCCUCGGGCCGCACUGCAGUACGAUGGCGGGGUGCGUGCAGUGCUCUGUUGCUUUGGUGGGAGAAAAGGGAGUCUUAGUGUCGCCUCUACCUCUUUUGGUGAUCCAGCUAUGCCCACAUGCACGCACAACCCAGAAAAAAGAGUGACUACAUGGUUGGCUGUUCCUGGGUUCAGUUCACCAAUGUGAGUGGCCGUGUAAUGAAUGGAUACGUAUGUUUUGAAGCUCAA